UCGAUAAAAGUGCGUGAGUGCGAUGAACGACAAAACAAUGCUGAGCGCGCACGAAGAAAAUGCUCUAGCCCAGACGAUGGAACAACAACGGGCACAACUCGAGCGACAACGCCAGCAACUCGAACAGGAGAGGCGCGAAUUGGAGCAACAGAGGCACGAGUUGGAGCAGCAGAGGCGCGAAUGGGCGCGACAGAAGACAGCAUCAGGACUGCAGACGAGAGUAGAGCAACAGCCGAGUGCAAAGAUCCAACAAAGAACAACAAGCAGGUACAGCUAAGCAGAAUAACCGGAGCACCGAACGAGAGUGACAAGGCAGUGGACAUGGCAACACGAGACGAACAGUGACAAGAACGAAGUCUGGCAGGAGAGUUCGUUUCCCAGACCGACUCCGAGUCGGAAUAUGUAAUUAACGUGCCGCGACGUAUUUAUGUAAAAAAAGAAUAAAAAAAAAGUAUAGUUAGCUCGGCGCAUGACAACCAUAAAUUAAUGUUUAGUAUUUAUCGCGUUGUAAGCACAGCAUUAGCAGGGGGAUACUGUGGUGACUGAAUUUCCACUACAUCAACUGCAGCACAAUAAAAUGCGAUUAGUCGUAAGCAUUCGGAGAAUUAUCCAGCAAAUGUAAAUAGACUGAAAUGGAUUAAAAUGGAUUCAGAUUUACAGAAAUACUGAUUCAUGA